UAGGGCAGCGCUCUUUCCGGCACAUGCAGCGCGCACAUGUAGCUUGGCUUUACUGAACACAUACCACGGUCGAAUAAGCGCAUCAAACUCCCCUCAGCUCUAGAUCUCCGCCAAUGAAAAUGCACAAAAGCGUGAAGGGGAGAGAGGCAAAGAAAGGACUUCGCGAGAUACAGAGAGCGAGCCAAAUCCCACACAAACAGACUCAACACAAGUUGGGGCGAGCGGAAAGGCGGUCACAUUUCUCACUCACCUGCAAACGUGAUUGAUUUGGGUGUUUGUAUCAGUGGGUGUGUAUGUCAUGCCUGACACUCUCACACUGGUCACGGAUAUGCUGACUCCACUUUCUUGGAAUUCAUGAGAAUCAUUUAAUCUUCGCUCGUGCAACAACACGCGUGCCCUAACCGUGCGGUGUGGUGCAUUAUCCAGAGCGCAGAAGGCAUCCAGGUACCUUUGAGGAGACCAGCCAUUGUAAUUCACCUCUUGACAGAGAGGAAGUGACUCUUACGCAAACCACAGUUUACUGGGGAAACUACUAGCGCUGGACGCAUUUUCAUCACUGCUUCCCAUUUUGUGCUAUAUGGAGCAGGUGUUUUGCGCACAACUGUUUAUUGAUUUUUUCAUCAGUCUUCAAAAGACUUUUGCUCGAACCUAGUGGUAUUCCACGUCGUUUCUUUAAAGUCUUCAACCCCAACAGGAGAGAUGGAUAACAGCCCCGGUGGUGGAGUAAUCCUGUAUGCAGGAUCUUCUGGCAGUGCCAGCCCAAGCCCUGGUAGUCCCUCCAGUGGCUACCAAACACAGUCACCUUCUUCACACUCCCAGCCCUCAUCUCCGGAGGAGGUUACCUUCACAGAGAUUGGGCCACUGAAACAGGGGAAGGCAGCUGGGUGCAACACUCCAUCCUCCAAACUGGUGUUCCAGUUCCCAGAAGUCUACAGUAGCCCUUCAGCAGCAGCAACUCCACAGCAUACCUAUGCACACCCCAUUGCCGGAAAGAGACCCUGCGGAUUUGCAGGAACCUUCACCAAGACAGGUGGAAUGGUCCUGCUAUGCAAGGUCUGUGGAGACAUUGCAUCUGGUUUCCACUAUGGAGUGCAUGCAUGUGAAGGCUGCAAGGGCUUUUUCCGCCGUAGCAUCCAGCAGAACAUCAACUACAAGAUGUGUGUGAAGAAUGAGAACUGUCUGAUCAUGCGCAUGAACCGCAACCGAUGCCAGCACUGUCGUUUCAAGAAAUGCCUCUCUGUUGGCAUGUCAAGAGAUGCUGUACGUUUUGGCCGUAUCCCGAAGAGAGAGAAGCAGCGACUUAUGGAUGAGAUGCAGAGCUACAUGAACAGCCUAAAUGAGUCUGCUGCCAUGGACAUGGACUCUUCAGUGAGAGACAGUCCCACCAGCACAGAUGACUGCAACUCAAAAGAGGCCAUUGGGGCCAUUUCCAGAGCCUAUCUAGAUAUUUUCACCAGCAACAGCAGCAAUCACGAGAGAUCAUCCAGUAGGGUCAACAUCACCACUAACAACAACAACAACACAUCUCCCUUUUCUCAGGAUGGCAGUUUUUCUCAAGUCUCAUCUCACCCUGCCCCUGCCCAGUGUUACCAGUCUUGCCCUGUCGCACCUGCCAGUGUAUGCCCUGUUGCCUCUAAUGACAACCAAACUGCAUUUCAUAAUGUGGACAACAAUCGCUACUCCUACUUAGUGUCAACAAAUCAGAAUCAUAGCCUGUCAAAUGCUACACCUCAAAGGAGAAGCUCUACCAAUCAUAAUGGUUUUCGAAAUGGAGGAAGUACCCAAAAUCAAUCCUCCUGCCCAUGGAAGUUGCCUCCAGGAGCUAAAGUGCUAGCAUGUCCUCUCAAUGCGUGUCCUGUAUCAGGGGCAGAACGCACCAGUCAGGAGAUAUGGGAGUCCUUCUCUCAGUGUUUUACACCUGCUGUCAAAGAGGUUGUAGAGUUUGCCAAGGGCAUCCCUGGCUUUCAAGAGCUAAGCCAGCAAGACCAGGUCAUGCUGCUAAAAUCUGGCACCUUCCAGGUUCUCAUGGUGAGGUUUUGCACCUUGUUUAAUGCUGAGGAGCGUACUGUAACCUUUUUGAAUGGCCAAACUUACCCCCUGUCUACCUUGCGGGCCUUGGGCAUGAGCUCUUUGCUUGACGCAAUGUUCGAAUUCAGUGAGAAGUUGAGCUCCCUGGGGCUAGAACCUGAUGAGAUGGCCCUCUUUAUGGCUGUGGUUCUGGUAUCUGCAGACUGUUCUGGCAUCUCAGACAUGCGAGCUGUGGAGCAGCUACAGGAAGGUCUGAUCCGAGCCCUUCGGUCACUGAUAACUCGCCGUCGCCCCGAUGACACUGCCCUCUUCCCAAAACUCCUCCUGCGGCUACCUGACCUGCGAACCCUCAACAAUCUUCACUCUGACAAACUGUUGGCUUUUCGCAUUGACCCAUAAGCAGGGCGGUCAUACAGUGAACAUGCAAACACAAACUGUUUUACACAGAGAUAUACAGUACACACAAACACAGAUUUUAUCUUCCACGGGCAGGACUUCCUUUUAAUAUUGCGGAACAAGGAAUUGUGCAAUCUGAGGAGUGUUUUUGAAAAGGAUGAAUGAGGACAGUGAACAUAUUUUUGACUUUCUAUAGGUUUUCAUGCUAUAUUUUCAGGUAAAUACUGACAAAAUAUAUACACACAAACUCAUGUACAUACAUAAACCUUAAUGCCUCUUCAGAGACAUUGUUCCAGUAUAGAAAAAUAAUAACAAUUUAGUAAAGUAACUAUCAUUUUUGUCAGAUCAUUUUCUCAUUAUAUCCAGUGUAUUUAAGACUAAAAGCAAGUAUUCUGUCAGUCAUACAGUAUCAACAGAACAUCACUAAGCAGCAUCUGAAGGAUGGAUAUUGUAGAUUGAAACAGUUGAUAUUUAGGGACCAUUAGUGAUAAUUAAGUGUAUCAGUUUGUAUUUUAAAUGAAAGGGAACCUGUAUAUACAGUAUAGUAGUGAAACCAGACAUAUUAAGGCAUUUGUGUAUUGCCCUUUCACCAACAUACCAUCUGCAUUAGUGUGAAUGUGACCACUGUUUUAUUGUCACUUGUACACAAUAGGAUGUUUUCUUUCACAUACUAAAUUUUCACUAAUCCUCCAGGAAUCAUAUGACACACCUGAGUUUAAAAAUGCCAACUUCAUUUGUCAGUGACAUUUUAUAUUAUUUCACAAAAACAUUUAGUCUGUGUCAUGUAUUGUAUCACAGCUAAGUUCAUGGAGGCCUCAUGCAAAUUGGACGAUAAGUUUCUUUGUCGCUGUAAAUAUGUUAUUCAAAUGUCUAUGUUAUUCAAAUGUCUAUGUAUCAUAUGCUGAAGAGAUUUAAUGGAUCAGACAUGCUGUAGAAGUUUGGUGUAAAGAAGAAUGUAUUGACCUUCCUGAACUAAGUGGAGGUCUGGCUAUGCCAAGGGGGCUUUGCACAGGAGAACGUGUAUUAGGGAUUCUCGGAAGGCUGAAACACACUUCCUGCUAUCAGAUAAUGUAACCAACCAGCAUAAACCCUGAAAUCACCAGCACUCACACCACAUGCUCCCUUCCUCUGCCCCCAAUGUUUGUCAUACAAACAGAAAUAUUUUUUGGGUGGGAGGUCUAAUUUGAUUGGUCCUCUCACUGCUAGCUUGUUUGAUUAAGGCUGAUUGAGCACAUCUUGUAUAUUUUGUAAAAAAAUUUUUCUUCCUGAAUACAAAUGGCACAGUGAUAUAAAGUUCAAAUUAUGUAUCA